UCCCGAGCAAACCGAUUAAUGUUUACUUCCGGUGAUAAUCAACUUUUUGUGCAAAAGCCACGUCAGUUUUACACGGUUUUAAAUAUAAGUAAAGUUAACAGGUACCAAUAUCAAGACAACUGAUGAUCUGAUUUACUGAAAUUUCAUUCAAGAAACAAGAUGUCAUCGAAUGAUAUCGGAGAUUGGUAUCGCAGUAUUCCGAAAAUAACGAAAUGGUGGUUUUCAGGAUCAGUUAUUAUACCAAUAGCAGCGAAGUUGGGACUUUUGAAUCCUAUGUGGUUGUUUCUACAUUAUGAAUCCUUAAUUUACAAAUUUCAGUUUUGGAGGCCACUAACAGCUGUUCUAUUUUAUCCAACAGGAUUCCCAUACUUGAUAAAUCUUUAUUUCUUAUAUUCUUAUUCUACCAGAAUAGAGACAGGUAUAUAUGAUGGCAAGCCGGCAGAAUAUGCUUUUAUGUGGCUCUUCAACUGGUUGGCACUUGUUAUAAUUGGAUUAGUAGCUGAAAUAUAUUUACUGAUGGAUCCUAUGGUGUUAAGUGUGUUAUAUGUGUGGUGCCAGUUAAAUAAAGAUCAGAUUGUACAGUUCUGGUUUGGAACACAGUUUAAGGCCAUGUAUUUGCCCUGGGUUUUGUUUGCUUUCAAUGCUAUUAUUGGAAGUGGUGGCCUAGCACAGUUACUUGGAAUAGUUGUUGGACACUUGUAUUUCUUCUUAAUGUUUAAAUAUCCACAAGAUUUUGGAGGAGCUACAUGGUUACGAGUACCAGCCAUAUUAUACAAAUGGCUACCAAACAGAAGAGGCGGAGUGUCAGGAUUUGGACAAGCCCCAGCCAGCAGACGACAGGAUGGCAAUAAUAAUGCAAAUGGUGGCAGGCAUGCCUGGGGAAGAGGAAAUCAACUUGGGGAUUAAGAAGAUCUGAAAUAUAGAAAACAUCAUUUUAUUACACUGUAAUGCUUGCAUACAUGUGGUGAAAAGAAUUCUUCAUGUUCACCAAGACCAGUUUCAUCAAGGACUGAAAUAUAGACAUGUUUACAGUGAUGUGAAAUUUAAGUUUGAUAACAUAAGUUGAAUGCAUUGUACAAUGUACAAAUAUUGAAACUAAGACUUUGUUUAUUCUGUAAACCAUGAUAAUUUAUAAUGUCUUUAGUAUCCCUAUUUUCAUGGUGAAAGCUUGUCUUCAAAACAAUUAAUUGCCCUGAAAAUUUGACAAGAAGUUUAUAAGUAUCUUUAUAAAAGAUAAAAUUAUAAAAUGCCAUACAAGCAUAUUUUUCUAAAAUGUCCCCAUUUGCAUAUGCAGCUGUGCAUGCAUAUUUUAAUCAUUAUGAGGGUUUAUGUUUAUUUCCAUGGAAACCAUAUCACAUUUUAUUGUCCUUCACAUAAAACCAUGUCUUUUUUAAUCAAUGUUUUUGUUUUGUUUUAUUUAUCAUGAAGAAAUCAACCUUCAAUGAAUUCACAAAAUUUCUUGGUAUUUUAUUAUUUUAGUGUAUUAAGCAUCAAAUGCUGUAAAACAUUUAAAAAACCAAAGACCAGUAAUUUUGCUUUCUGCUGGUUAAAGGAAAAGUUUCAUGUACUUUCAAAGUUCUUCUUUAUUUUGUUGUGAACAAGAUAUUUGUAUAGAUUGCAAUGGUCUCUUCCUCACUAUACUUACAUAAGAGGCACACAGUGCAAGAACAUUGGUAUUCAAAAUCUGUUUGACAUUUUAAAUGGGUUACACAUUUACUGAGCCUAAUUGAACUGUUAAGCUCAUGUGCAAAGAUAACACACUAUUUAUUCUAUUAAAUUAUAUAUUUGGGUAGGAAAAAAAUGCUUUGUUUACUACUAAUGUAUAAAAAAUCAUGUGUGUUAUUUAAAUUUCUUCUUCUUUGUGAUUGAUCCUCUGCAUUACAAAAACUGUUUCUCACAAUCAAUUUUCUUUGACAUUCAAUGUCUUCAUUAUAGAAAAAUGAAAUCCAAAGAUCCUAUCGAAUGCAGUAGUAGAUCUUUUUUUUUUAUGUAUUCUUGAAAGUAAAAAGGUAUGCUAAUACUGGUAAAAUAUGGAAUGCUAUUGUGAACAUGAUCUGCUUAUUCAAAACUACUUAUUGAAAUUUUCUUUACUUUUUUAUUUUUUUCAUUCAUUCCUUAGACUGAAAUAAACACAAAGACUUACCAUAUUCAGCUGUGUAUUAUUCACACUUAUUUUAUCCAAGACAUAUAAUUGGUAGAGGGGUGUGUAUUAUACUGUAUUGUAGACUGAAGACAUUUCCUUCUUCAUUACUGUAUCAUUUCAAAGUACAGGUGUGGAAACACAACAGAUUUUGGGAUAAAAAAAAAGGGAUGCAGAUAAUACACAUCCAAAUUUGGUACAUUUAUUCUAUUUAAAGCAGCUUCAAUUGUGUCAUGUACAUGUAAGUCCAAGUCAUUGAAUUCAUUCAAUAUUAAACAAUAAGUGUGUUUUAAGCUGAACUCUUUUCAGUCUUUCUUGCUUCAUAAAUCAUUUUAUUAUGUCAUGUACAUGUAAGUCCAAGACAUUGAGUCCAUUCAAUAACAAUAAGUGUUUUUUAAGCUGCAUUCUUUUCAGUGUUUCUUGCUUCAUAAAUCAUUUUAUUAUUUAUGCCCAUUUUUGUCAGUUGUGUUUAACUGCUGUAGUGUGUUGUAUGUCAUCAAAUAAUAUAAUUUUGUUGAAAUUAAAUAAAUAUUGUUUAUGAA